AUGGUUUCAAUUAGAUCAAAUUUACAAAAGGCUUUAUUUCAGGAAGACGGAGAAAGAUUAUUGGCUGUUGCAAAUGUUAAAAAAACUUUGAAAAAGGGAAGGGAAUUGUAUUUGUGUUUAGUUGUUACAACAACACAACCCGUUUCUGCACGCAUUUGGCUGGUUAAAUCAGAAAAGGAAAAUUCUUUUUCAAAAAAGGAACAUUAUGCUCUUAGAGACAUUCGAUCUGUCGAUGGAAUAAAUCCUAGAAAGCCUCUUCCAGACUUUAAUUUGACUAUUAAAGGACAAUUAUAUCAACUAUAUUCAAAUACUGCAGAAGAAAAAGAGUUUUUUAUCAGACAAUUAUUUAAGUUUUCAAAUGCCAAUUUGCCCAUUCAAAAACCAGAAUUUGUUAACGUUUCUUUACCUGUUGAUACUUUACCUUCAAAAAAUGGAAGCGUUAAUGAAGAAAAUUUUGAUGGGGACUCAAAAACUGCUGCUGAAUUGGAUACAAAUUAUCAGCCAAUUUCAUUAAAAGAAGAAAACGAUUUUCGUCAUUUACUCGAAAAAGCCAACUUACAAAUAGGCCAAGCUAGACAAUUUUCGACUUCUUUAAAUGACCAACUUUCCCAACUUGACAGUGCAAAUUUAUCGAGCAUUAUGGAAAAUGAACAGAAUGUUGCUGAACUUAUUGGACUUAUUGAUACAGCUAUUGAAUUGGCAGAAUGUGUAGAAAAACAAUUGGAUGAAUAUGACACGUUGUUAUCGUUUGUUAGAGACAGUGUAGAAUUAAUUGAAGAAAAGGACAGUCUUCGACAUAUUGAACAACAAAAUAAUAAAAAAUUGGCUACUGAACUAGAAGAUUUCGUUUAUCAAUUAGAAAUGGUACAAGAUCAACAUAUUGAAGCUUUAAAAAAUGCAAAUCUUUCAGAUCCUAUAAGUAUAAAUUUGUGUUGCCGUGCUGCUAGAAUUAUUGAUCAUUUUAUAUCAAAAAAGUCUGAAUUAAAUUCAAUGCAAGCUUAUCAUUCUAGAAUUGAAAUGCUAAACAAAAUUACAUCAGAAUUUGUUGACAGAUUUUAUGCACAUAUCAGUACAAUUUUUGGAAAUAUGGAUUCAAUGUUAGAAAAUCAACAUAUUGGUGAAAUAAUAAUGCAAAAACAUUCACAAAGGCAUAGAGCACUUUUACCCUUCUCAGAUUUAAUUUCUUGGUUAAAACAAACACGCCCAAAUAUUUAUAAAAAUGUUUUGGAUCGUUAUAAUAUUGAAGCACAAAAAUUAUAUAAAAAAGAAUUUGAUAGAUUUUUUUCUGAAUUGGCAACAAGAGAAGCUUCUUCCUUAACAAAUAAUAAUUGGAAAAAUUCUUCUAAUAAUUUAAUUAAUGAACAGAAUAUUGAAGUUUAUACAAAUUUAAUAGAAACUGCUGUAGCUGAAUGCCGUGUUGUUGUAGAAAGUGAACAAAAAUUUUGUAUUCGUUUUUUUCAUUUAAAUACGGAUGUAAUAUCUCAAUUGGACAGUGAACUUAAUAAUAAAAAUGAUAAAAUUUGCAAUUGGAAGAAUAUUUGA